AUGACUCCACAGACGGGGAAGAUCAUAGAUCUUGCCUCGAGCUCCGAUGGGGAACAGCCGGCGCUGCCGUUGUCACUCGAUAACCGCGCCUUGUCGCCAGCUUCUACGACUCAGCCCGUGAUCAUCGGUAUCGCUAAGCCUGUGCAGCGUCCGGCUCUCGAAAAGUCAAGAUCAGCUCCUGCCAUGAUACAUAGCGUAGACAGUAGCGAUGACGAACUUCCAGAAUUACCCACCCGUCCCUCGUCGCGCUCGCAGCCCUCCACGUCUGCCGCGAGACUGUUUGCAGGCGCACUAGCACCUCGACCCGCCAGUGCGCAUCCACGAUCAGACAUGUUUGCGUCACGUGCAAAGCAGACCAAUGUACUGGCCGCGCCCGAAGAGGAUCAGGCCGAUCUGCCGUCCGUGACGAGCGGCAGAGCGCGUUCGCUCAGUGAGAAAGCGAGAGGAAAGCGCAAAGCGACAGACGAGUCGGACGAUGACGGGGAGGCCGUCAAAGUCACGCUGAAGCCAUCGAAUUGCGCCAAGACGCCCAAGAGCAGCCCAGAGCAAGUCAGGGCCCGCCAGGAGGAGUCGGCUGCAAAGAAGCAAACGGAAAAGGCCUCUAAAGCUCGAAAUGCAGCGCUGCGGGCCGCCAACAAAUUGCAGUCUGAUCGCAAGAUCGCUGUCAAAUAUGUCAGGUUGCUCGUCACCGAGGAGCUAGCUACUUUGCCUAGCUUCAAGACCAUAUUCGCGUCUGUCAAGCAGACGCUAGGUGAAGCCGAAAGCCUUGUAAGGACGAUGCCAUGUCCAGUUGCAUUACGGCCCUUUGCGAGCCGAUUGCUUUUCUGGGAACGCCAUCACGAUACAGUCUGGAACGAAGCAGAGCGGAUCUAUUGGCCUCUGCCAGAUGAGGAGCAUGGAUGGCGACCAGAGCCCACUCUGAUGAUCUAUGUCACCGCCGCCGAAGCUUCGCUACUCACUCGCAAGGUACCAGACGGGCUGACGACUUUCAUAUCGAGCGUCAAAGCGCACUACCCGGACCACCAGCUGUUCUUACUCUUGCAUGGAUUGGCAACAACGGAAGUGAAUAAGCAACAAAGGGACACUAUACGUGCGCAGCUCAUGAGCGCUUUUCUCGCAACGGGAUGUAAGUUCCUGGACCCAGACGAUGACGAGGCAUUGGCGGCUACGAUCGUCGAUGCUUCUCGUGACAUAUCUGUUCGACAGCUCAAGUUGCAUCAACAGGAGGAUAUGCAGUACGUUGGGCAUGUGCCAGAAGGCCAACGCAAAGGCGACGGUCCGCGCAGCACGUUUCUGCGGCAGCUUAGCACGAUGCCGGGCGGUAACGAGACUGCAGCUGCAGCCAUUGUGCACAAGUACAAAACCUGGAGGGGACUCUACGAAGCCUUUGAGGCGAAGCAGUACAAACCGGAGGAACUCCUCGCAAACGAAGAGAUUACGCGAACGGCUAUGGGCACGAUUACUUCACGCCAGUAUGGCGUCGCGGCAAGUACGAAGCUUUACCGGUUCAUGUUUUCUUCUGAUCCUCAUGUACAAAUGAAGCGCGGCAAGGAUUAG